GGGAAAGUCUAGUAGGAGAUAAGUCCAUAAAAUUCGAUGCAAAAACGAUCAAAUAACGAUAUUUCAGUACUUUUGUCUUUAAAUCAUUCAAACCUAAUAUAUAAUAAUAGUCUUCUUAAGACUGAAAGCAUUGAUUCAAUGUUUGCGAAGUUUCAAAACGAUUUCAGAGUUAAAUUGUGAGGUAUCAAAUGGAGUAAGGUGUCCAAUAAACCAUCCAUCAGUGGUCAGUAUGAACAUUUGUGGAAAGUCCCUGUUUCAACUCUCAACACUAGCUUCUACUUCUCCUUGAAUAAGAAGCAAAUCUCGAAGGAUGUUUCAGUGCACUUUGAUUAGAGCACCUAUUACACAUCACACAAUAGCAGGGAAGUCUCCCAAGCCUUUUGAUAAAAUUGCUCAUUCAGUAUUAUAAUUGGUAGUUGCUGAUAUCAGUUUGCUCACGAUAAAGAAAAUACGCAUCGAUGAAAAUCCUUAUUCUUAUACUUCUAGCGCUGUUUUCCAGUAUUGCUUUCGGUAUUAAUAGAAAAAAAUGUCUUCGUUUAAAGAGGAGGAGACCUGCGAGCUUCAGUGCUCCCUUCAAUAUUGGUUAUCAGUUUCAACGUAACGUGUUCGAAGUGCCAAAUUUUUCUGAUCAAAAUACGGUUUUGCUUCGAGAACCUGGAGUUACUUACGGUUUGACACCAAGAUUCAGGAGCAGUGUGGCUAAUAUAAAUCCCAUGCAAGCAGUUUCUUGCGAGUCAUCGAACGUAACCAGUGCGUUGAAGGAACUAAGGCAACAGGUUAAAUGCGUCCCUAGAGAUGGUAUUGUAAACCUCAAAGCCCCUGAAGGUUUUAUGGUGUCACCAAACACUGUAAUGGUCAAGAAAUGUGGUGGAAUGUGCAACGGUGCAAGGAGCUGUCUGUCUAAAACCACCAGACAGGCGGAGUUCUUUGUUCGUUCCGUAAAUUUCCAAACGAACGAGGUUGUUUGUAGCUCCAUUUUGGUGCCCGAAGAUACCUCCUGUGUUUGCGGAUGCGAGACCAAAAUGACCGAUUGUUUGCCAACGCAAAAGUACGACAAGAAUAUGUGCGUCUGCAAAUGUAUCAAUAUGCAAGAUUAUCAGAAUUGUGUCAAGAAGAGUCAAAUGAACUUCAAAUGGGACGAGAAAACCUGUAGUUGCGUCUGUUCGAUCACCAAAAUUUGCACUACUGGAUCUCACUGGAUUCCCAGUGAAUGCAGAUGUGCCAAGCUAAAGAAUUGAAGCAAAUAAGCUAUAAUUCGAAUAAUUUCGAGAAUUAAAACUUUUUGAAAA